AUGGAAGAUGUCCGUCCGACCGCCAAAUGGGCAAAUCGCAUGUUGCGCCCUUUGACCUCCGUCUACCAUCGGCUUGAGAAACACCACGAGAUCCUCGCCAGUAUUGCGCAUUCGAAACUGAGAGAGCAAGCUGAACCGCGGCGGGCAGGACAGAACGCACAAUCCACCACAGCUACAACCGGCGAUGCGGACAAAGGGUAUUCCUACUCCGACGAAGAGCCCGGCGACCCGGCCUGGGUACCCGGGAAACCAGACAAACGGCGCAUACGACAUAGCUAUGCAAGUCGGGGUCAAAAGGGACGAGUCAGAAGACGAAGCCGACUAUCAAUUCACAGCCCGGAACGCCAGAAAACGCUGCCGGGUGCCAUCGAGAUUGCAACCCCUUUGAUUACGGGAAAGGCGCAGGGGAACCUGGAGUGCUCGUCGCUCAGAAAAAAAUUGUUCCGCAGUCCCUUGGCUCCUACAAAUACCGGUGCGUCAGGCGAACAACGGCGGGCGAACCGCACGAACAACGCCAGUUUCCCCGCCUACCAGGGGUCGUGGAAGGAGGUAUUGGAUCUUUCCGGGGAUACUGGGCUCGUGGAUAUUGCGCAUCUUCUGGAUCGGAUUCUGCUCAAGUUUCUGAGUAAGACUCGGGUGGGUGCUAUGGGUGAACGAUCGGACCGCGGGGCGCGCUCGUUGAUGUCGAUGGUUGCGCGACGCUUGCCGGAGUUUAUUGCGGAGGAGCAGAGACUCCAGGAUGAGUUGAAAAAUGAUGACUGUGGUGUGGAUAUGUGCGACGCUUAUUUUACGGAACUUGAGGCCCAUUAUGCCCCCGCGAGUCAUGGAUGGGAACCUUUGCGCGAAGCGGUGCGCGCACAAGGCAUUCAUCUUGUGUCGGAAAUGAUGCUUCAAGGAUGGCUUACGCAGUUCGCGGCCUGUCGGCUUAUGGAGGAGUGCAUGAGUCACAGCGAGUUCGAUGCCUUUGAGAGCUUGAUGUCGCGGUAUCUUACUACCGUAGACCUCUAUGACCAUCCAAUGGCGUUUGAACCACCAAAGCCACCGGUCCACCACGACGAUGCCAUUUACAUACUGGGAAAAUAUUACACGCGUGCUGCAGGGAGACGUUCGUUUGUAUUUGAGGAGAUGGCAAAGCUCCUCAUGCGCGGCUCCGUCCCCCCAGAGUGGAUGGUCACCUCUUUGUGGAAAAAGUGCGUGGAUGGGGCAAUUAAAUCGGUGUCUAUCGAGGACCGGAAUGCAGCAGCUGCCACCAGGCUUGUGGAGGCCGUUGUGCUCUCCGCUGGCGGCGUGUACCCCGGCAAGCCAAUGUCCAUGCCUCGGAUGGAGGAUUUGAGUGCCCUACGCGGCGAGCGUGCGCGAGGCACCCGUGCUUCCAGCAAUGCAACGAUUCUCGCAAAGGGCCCAUCGCCAUGCCCAGUCCCCAUCCAGGAUGCCCUGAGUAAUCUUACGUCAAGUCUUAUUGCUGCGCUUUGUGGGAUGUCCAUCGCGCGGUCGCAGGCUCCCACGGAGGAGGUGAGAGCGACCGGCGCAAAAGUGCGAAACACCGUCGGGUACCUGACCCUCGUGGUCCAGCGGGCUGUUGGGACACACUAUCCGCAUGAAGGCACAUUGCCCAUGUUUCAGUCGCUGCGUCGUGGCUACGUGCUGCUGGGCAAUUUGAUGCUACGGUGCGGUGCAGCAUCGUCUGUCGAUGUCAUUGAUCAAUUGGAUGCCAUAUCCCGACGAAACAUCCAGGCGUUUUUCCUGUCGCUGGCUAGUCAGCAUGAGAUGCUUAAGGGACUGGCCGAGCUUGUUCGACAGGUGUUUCGCUGCUGCGGCCACGCGGACCAGAGCGAUGAGUCGCGGACAUCGCGCGAGAUCCGUCAAAAGGUGUGUGAGCUUGCGCAACUGACUGAUAUGCAUGGGGUGGCAUUCUUCCUGGGGAAUGUAGCGGCUGAAACAGCCAUGGCGUUCGCGGAGACUACUCUGGACACGGACGACCAUGCAUGGGCCAUGGAAGUUCAAGAGAUGGUCGUUUCAGCUCGGAGCAGCCAGGCGGGCACACGAUCCCCUUCAUCCCACGAGAUCCCUUCCAACGAUACGGCCGGUCUCUACCGGUGGGAGGAAAGCAUUGGCGAGUGGGUGGCCCGGACGCCGAUGCCGAAGCCCAAAGCUGGCCAGUUAGCGGUGGCUUCCAAACAAGCUCUCGCUCGACCACGACUUCCAUCAACCAUCGCAUGUUCCACCAGCAGUACCUCGGCGAGCUCGAGCCAGGAGGAUGCUGUCUCCAGCGUCACGUCAUCGCCACCGUCCGUCCCCAUGAAACGGACGUGGACGAACGAGAACAUGGUCACCAGACAACGAAAACGACUUCGGUCUGACCCCAUGGAGACGUAUGCGCGAGGAGCCCGCGCGACCCGCUCGAGAUGCCACCGGUCGCCGUUUGAGGCUGGCUCGUCUGAAGCGGAGUAUGCACCGAUAGCCGCCCGGACCAGGGGGGCACAUGGUACAUCCAGAGCGGUGCCGUCCAAUGUGGCGGCGUCGGGAGAGAUGAUAGCGCAGGACUCCGAUAAGUCUGACUCGGAGGAGAUUACUCCCAAGGUUGAGGUGGUUAUCAUCAACCGCAGGAGUGCGUCUCCCUCUGACACGGAAAGCCUCGAGGAUUUCGUCGAGCCUAUCAUUAUAGUACUUAAAGAUAGAAGCUGGAGCUAUUCGGAGAAUAAGCUGGACGGGACCCUGUCAAAAGAUCCCUGUCAGUGUCAGGGUGAAACGGACUAUUGGGAGAGGUGA